UAAUAAUUAAUAAUACAAUACAAAAUGUUGUUUAAUUUAAAAGUCCAGUUUUAUAGGGAAAUUAAAAUACAAAGUGGGCUACACUUAUAUUGUUGUUGGUCAGCAAAACAUGUUUGGAGUUUGUUUGUGAAAUAUUAAACUGGUGUAUUGUUUCAAACACAAUUUUCCUCAUUCAUUUGAAGUUCAUUUUUAUGUGUAAAUCAAUAUAUUGUAGAAAUCAUUUAGAUCUCAAGUAACCAUGCAAGAGGUAGAAGGAGAAACACUUGGUGACAAACAUAAAAACUUUAACUUAUUGGUGCAUAAUGCUAUUAAAGAAAAUCCAAAACAGGAGCUGGAAGACAUAGAUUAUAAUCAAUCAGAUAUAAAUAAUCUUUUCAAAAUAGAUUUUGCUUGUCGCACUAGAAAUGUAGAAUAUAUUUUGAAAGUUUUCAAGUGUCAGGAUAUGUUGUAUGUAUCAAGAGCUAUUAAACACUCUACUUGGCUUAUAACUGAUACAAAAUAUGCUCAUAUAAUUAAUCCAGAUUAUUUGCACACUAAUUUGUUACCGUUCAUGCUGACAGAAGCAGAAAAUAAACUGAUGCUAUCUGUACGGUUAAAUUUAAAAAAUCCAAAGAGAUAUGAAGAUUUCUUUGAAUAUUUACAAAAUACUGAUCUAGCCUUAAAGUUUCUACCAUACUGUUCAUCAGAAUUUUUUAUAUCAAAGUUAAAGAAUUUAAUUUAUUUGAUACCGGAUCACAUGCUGGUGAAACUAUUCUCUCAUAAUUUGGAAGUUCUUCGCAUUUAUUGCAACAGCCAGAGAAAACAGUUCCCGUUGAUUACCAAAGCACUGUUUCUUAUUAGACAGUAUGGAGAAGAUUUUUUUGAUAUUCUAGACUCGGUUAAGAGUGAACAUUUACCAGAUUUUAAACCUAAAUAUACUAAAUUAGCAAUGAAGACUUGUCCGCAUCGAAUUAUGUUUAAUUUUCAUCAUUAUGCUAAACACAUUGAUUUACCAUGUUUUGUAAAAUAUAUUCAUAAGGAUUAUUUUAAUGAAUUUAUGACUAAAUAUGCUGAUGAUGCAGAUGUUUGCUCUCUUUUUAAUGCAGAAAGGCAACAGAAGAUACUAAAACCAAAUGUCCAUACUGAACUGCUCUCCAAAUUGAUAAAUUGUGAUACUGAUGAUUUUAUCCUAUGUAGCAAAAUCCUCCAGGAAUUUAAGAUAAAUUUACCUGAAAUAAUGAAUAAUCUCAAAUUUACUUUUCAUUUUAUCAACAUUGUCGGUAGAAGGUUUAAAAUACAUAGAUUUAAUAUGGAGUUGUGGAACAUAUACAAUGACAUUUUUAAGGAAAUAAAUAUAAAGAAAUAUUGCAAAAGGAAUAAAACCCUGCAAUUAUACAUAAGAAACAUUAUUGCAUACAAAAUUAUGCAAAACCAAAAUAUAUCUGAAGAGAUGAUGUCGGAUUUUGAGUUUCACACUUUUAAAUCUGAUUUGACCAAAUUUAAUGAAGAUGAAAAGAAACUUUUAUUUGAAUUUUUGAUGAAUUUUGCAUUGAUCAAAGUUGGAAAUUUGUCUAACAAGGAAAAGGAAGUACUUAUAUGGAUGGAAAGACUUGUAAAGUUAUUUGAUGACUGGGGUAAGAAUUUGAAUGAUUACUAUUUUGUAGGAAAUAAAAUUAGAUUUAUCAUCUCAUGUAUACAAGGCAUUUCAGGUAUUGAUGGUCUUCAAAAAAUUUAUGAUAGAAAGAAAUUUUGGAGAAAAGCUUUAUUCCGUGAAUUAAUUUUUUCUAAAGCAUGUGAAGCAAUUGAUUCUAAAGCAUGUGUCAAUAUUCUAAAACAUGACCCAAAAAUACUAUUCAGGAUAAAGGACAAAGUUCUUGCCUGUUCUACUGGUGUUAAAACUUAUCGAAACUUUUAUUGUAAAAUACGUACAUUUUGGCCUAAUACACUGGCAUUGUCUUUUAAAAGUUUACACAUGGCAAGACUAAAAACACUGUCCUCAAUAAUAGGUCUUCACUUUCUUUUAACAAAAUCAGAGUAUAUAGAUUUUUUUCAAAAUCAAAUAUCAGAUGAUGACCUUAUUAGUAAAGGGUCUGUGGAAGAUAUACUCCUUUGCAAGAAUUUAGCGAAAAAUAUACAUUAUUGCCGGCCCAAACCAUCGUUAAAUAUGGCGAUGUUAUAUGCGAAAGAUGUGUGUAUGGUAGACGUUAUGGCAUCAGUAAAUUCUAUAUUAAAUAGUAUGCCUAUGCAUCAAUUUGACCAAAAUUUCCUCAUUUUACAAGAUAAUCCACUUUUACAAAAACUAUGUGUCUGGGUAGCUUUCUCAAAGAGAAGUAGAAACGAUGAGAAGCAGUUAGUGUUUCAAAUUUGGCACAAGACAGAUUACACUUCAGUUAAAUCAGAAAUAAUUAGAAUGUAUAUAAAUUCUCUUAGUAAAUAUACAAAGAACGAGUGGAACAUUCGUUGUAACUACUUGGAUGUGAUUCGUGAACAAUGGUGCUCCUUGGAGGUUCUAUUGGAAGAUGUAACAGACGAGGAUAUUCUAAGAAAACUGCCUAACAAAGUUCAAAGACUGAGUUUAUCGAUCCGUAGUGAGUUUAGUUCAAAAUGUUACGAUUUAAUUAAGCAACUGCAACCUAAAUGUAAACAUUUUCCAAGGGUACCUAUGAUGUCUUAUAUAUUUUCAAUGCAUAAUCUUGACAAGAAUCUUUUAGCGGAAAUGAUUGAAGAUUGUAUUACGAAAAGAUUAUGGAGAACUAAAUUAAAUAAUCAUCACAUGGACAUUCUCGUUUCGUGUUUGUUUACGUCGAAACAUGAAGACGAACAGAUAAUUUAUUUUAAUACAAUAAUAGCCCCUGUUUUUGACUGUGCGUACAAAAUGUGGAAUAGGAAAACAUGUGGGCUUCUUUUGGUUCAAUACAAUAUUAACAAUAUUGUUACUGCAUUUUGCAAAAGGUUAUUUACGUGUAGCAACAAUAAAAGGAAAUCUCCAGCUAUAAUUAUACUUCUUUUGAAUAGCCUUCAAAACAACGUACCAGUUAACGAAAACUAUAUAAUGAUAACAAAGUUAAAAUUAGCUGUGGAAUACUUUAACAUUUUUUCCGAAUACGAAGAUUCACUUGAAGAAGGCGAAGUUCACAACCAAGCUGUGCAGGGAUUAUCGAAAAUAUGUAUAAAGAUCUUCUCUGAAGAUGUCGCUACAUACGACAAGAGCAUUUGGAAACUCUUUUAUCACGCCUUACAGAUAAUGCUUGAUGAAUUUAGUAUGAUAAAAUCUACUCAAUAUAAAUUGUACAACUGUAUGUUGGAUCUAUGUAUCACCUUAUCAUCAGAUCUUGACAUUUUAAUCCAUAUAUUGGUGAUGGAACUUACUAUUUAUGUAGAUGAUUUUUAUAUCAUUUUUUUCGACGAUGAUGAUUAUGUGGAUCCUGAAGGACAAAAGGCAUUGUUUGAAAGGAUUAAACAACACCCCUCACCAGAAGUUAAAGCGAAUUAUUCAAAGGUGUUCUUAUGUCUUAAUAACAAUCUUUCGUAUACACAGUUAAGUUACAAGGAUAAAUUUUGAGUAUAUUAAUUACUAGUCUAUAUAAAUGUUUAACUGUAACUGCUGCACAGCACCUUCACCCAACUUGAGAGACUGCCGAAUUUGUUUUCAUUUAAAUUAUUGAGGAAAAUUGAGGUAAGUAGUAACAAAUUUAUAAUACAAAUCAAAACUUUUAUGUUUUUAAUAAAUACACAAGCGUAUAUAAAUGUUAUAUAGUUUAAUCAUAAUCGUACAGCAAAUUAUGUGUUUAUGUAAACGUAGAAGAACGUGUGCUUACAGCACCUUCAACUUUCUUCGCCUAGGCCUUGGUACAGUUUCGGUCAAUCUUACUGAAGCUGGAAGAUACAAAAUAAAGUUUUAAAACUGUGAUAAAAGUAAUCAAAAUGUGAUAAAA